GAAUGUUUUCUUAGUUUGGUGAUGAAAUUUCAAUUGACGAAAAUGACUUUGUCAUAUAGAAGAUUUCUUGUUGAAAAUGAACCAUUAAUACUUGAAUCUGGAAAAUCUCUCCAGUCAUUGACUUUGUCAAUUUUAGACAGUACUGGGAAUGUCAAAUCAAAAGAUUUCAAUUUAACAGAGAAUGAACAGCUUGUUGUUUUUGACAAAACUUCUCAUAGAAUGCAUUCACAUGAUGUUGAUGAUAAAACAUGGACACCAAUGCAAACCAUAGAUCAAGCAAUUAUGGAAAAUUUAUUUUCUGCUGUAGUGAUGGAAUCUUACAUUUAUGUGAUUUGUAAAAAGGGAUCGUUUUAUAGACUUGAAUAUGCUAAAUUUAAUGCAAAGUGGGAACAAAUGACAAAUACAAAUCUUCGGACUGCAUGUGUAGUUGCACUUGAUGGUUUUGUUUAUGGUAUUGAGUAUGGAAAUUUCUCAAACAUUAUGGAAAGAUAUGAUCCAUCAAAUAAUAGAUGGACCAGGUUAACAAAUAAAUCAUUGAUCCUAGCUUGUGAAUAUUUGGUGGCUGCUGAUGGAAAGGUGUUUUGUAUUGCAGGAAUGAAUCAGCAAGUUCGAGCAACAAACCAAGUUGAGAUUUAUGAUCCUGUCACAUCAACUUGGUCAAUGGAUAAUAGAUCAUUGAAUGAAGCAAGAUAUGGUGCUUCUGCAACUGCAACAGAGGAAGGAAUAUAUGUUAUGGGAGGUUAUAAUGUUAAUAGUAACACUAUUGAUAGUGUUGAAUUUCGUUCAUUUGUAACUAAAACCUGGAUGAUGUUGAAACCAAUGAAAAAUGCAAGAGCACAGUUCAGUAGUUGUGUGAUUGAUGGGAAAGUUUUUGUCAUUGGUGGAAAUGGAAAUCCUGCAAAUAUAGAGGAAUAUGAUCCUGAAACAAAAGAAUGGAAAAUCAUUGAAACAUUACAAGGAAAAAAUAUAAAUCCAUUGGAAACUGUUGCAAUAUCUAUAUAACAUCAAUUACUCGUACACUUCAACAAAUAUGGCUCUCAUAAUCUCAUUGAUUAUACCUAUCAAUUUUCUGAUUUACUCUGAAAAUGAAUUUGUUUGCAGAAUCAUGGAAACCAGUAAAUUAAUCAUUUGCGAGGUAAUAUUUAGAUAGAAUAAUUCCUUUGACAAAAAGUUUUAUUUAAAUAUUUUUCUUCAAUACAUUUAGCUUAAGAACGAAUUUACAGAAUGUUUGAAGAUAUAGCUUGAAUAAUCUCUCUACAGAUAGCCAAUAUCAAUAUUGAUAUUCCGAUUGAUAUAGUUAAUUAUUACCUAUUUUAUUUGAAAGUGAAGUGAAAAUUAAUUUCAUAUUGGUAGCGUUGAUAUUUUAUUGUUUUUUUUUUAUAUUGCAUUUGUUAUGGUCAACCUUCUAAUCUUUAAUUUUUGAAAAUUUAUCAUUUUUCAAUAUUUUAUUCGGUUUUGUGUUAUGUCAGAUUACAGGGGAUUACCCCAUAUUACUUUUUAUGGUAUGGUAUGAGUUGUUAUCAUAUCUCUCUCAUUAACUCGCAUUAAUUGUUUAUGAUGAGCCUAUCCAGUGUUUUUUUUUUAUAUUAAAUGCUCAUUCCUUCGAAAUCACUAUUUUUUUUUAAUUAUUACCGGUAUCAUUUCGUGUUGACGUGAAAAUUAAAGUUA